CAACCGGUGGCCCACUUCAGUGCGGUGCUCAGCGGCAGAGGCAGCAGCGGCAGCAGCAACAGCAGCAGCAUCGGUCCGCAGGAGGGAGCGGGGCUAGUUGUUGGGCUCGGCACGGCACGGCUCGGCCCGGGACGCAGCUCAGCCCUCGGCGGCCUCAUCAUGGAGUUCCUGCUGGGGAACCCGUUCAGCACGGCGGUGGGACAGAGGAUCGAGUAUGCGACCAGCUCCAGCCUCCCGUCAGAAGACUGGGCCCUCAACAUGGAAAUCUGUGACAUGAUCAACAGCUCAGAGGAAGGCCCCAAAGAUGCCGUCAGAGCCAUAAAGAAAAGGAUCGUGGGGAAUAAGAACUUCAAGGAGGUCAUGCUGGCGCUGACUGUCCUGGAGACGUGUGUGAAGAACUGCGCCUACAGGUUCCACAUCCUGGUGACAACACGGGACUUUGUGGAAGGGGUCCUGGUGCGGGCGAUCAUCCCGAGGAACAACCCUCCGCUGAUCCUGCACGACAGAGUGCUCAGCAUCGUUCAGGCGUGGGCCGAUGCAUUCCGCAGCUCGCCCGACCUGACGGGCGUGGUGUCUGUGUAUGAAGACCUGCGCAGGAAAGGCCUCGAGUUCCCCAUGACAGAACUGGAUGGUUAUUCCCCGGAUCAACCUCCCAAACAGCAGACUGUGCCUGGGAAUGGGCCGGCUGUCACUUCUCUGCCUGCUGCGCUGCUCUCUUCCAAACCUCCGCUCAUCCCACCUCAGACCUGUGAACUUAAAAAGGCUCUGGAGGGGACCAAUGCCUUCACUGCCUGCCAGGUGAAGAAGCUGAAGACGGAGCUGGGAGUGGUGCGGAGCAACCUGACCAUGAUGUCCGACAUGAUGAGUCAGCUGGAUCCCGUCACGGUGAAACAAGCCGACAUGGAGCUGCUGGAGCAGUUGUACACAGUUUGUAAGGAAAUGCAGGACAGGAUAGUAAAGAUCGUCCCCCGGCUGAGUGAAGAGAAGCUGAUCGAAGAGUUACUGGCAACAAAUGAUGACAUGAACUCCGCCUUCACUCGCUACCACAGGUUUGAAAGACGCAUAACAAACGGUCAAGAUACAUCACAGAAGAGUCACAUGUACGUCAACCUGGAAGAACUGGAUGUCACGGCUGAGUCUCAGGAGUCGGGACUGGCGUCAGCGACCAGCGACAGUUUGUCCAGUCAGUUGACUAAACUUAGUACAAGUGAAUCAGAGGACACAUUAUCCAAAAUCAACGCCUCAUCUCAACCAACACCAAGUGAGAGAAGUGAAGCUGCAGUGGACGGCCUGGCUCAAGCUCCGGACAACAGGCUCCUCAACCCUGGAACGGACGACAGCCCGGCCUCCACCAGCAGCUCCUCACCAAAGUUAGAUUGGAUGAUAAAAAGGGGAAUGAUUCCUCUCAGCCAGUCCAAUGUUAUGGAUGAUGUUGAGAAAUGGUUAGCGUUGGAUGAUGAGUACGAUGACUUUGAGGACUCUGAUGGUGUGACCAGUGAAGAGUUCGACAAGUUUCUGGCAGGAAGAGCUAAAGCAGCGGAGCGCCUGCCGUCGGUGAGGGCGUCCUCACAGGACACCAACCACUCCGAGUCUUAAACUGAACUGGAACCUGCCAAACUAACAACACUCACCUGCUCCUGCGUCGUCUGCGGAGGAACGGAGAUCUGUUUCAGACCAAUAGUUCAAUGGCACACUGGAUACAUGGGGAAUUACAUCCCAUAAUUAAGGAAGGACUUUGUAACUGUGUACACUGCGAGUUACUGUGGAGAAAAUGUUUUUUUUUUUUAAUUGGUGAAGUUAACAUUUGAUGAAGAAGAACAGAGGUUUUUACUUGACGUUGUUACGAGUUCGUCCAUGUGUGGAAUGCAAACAUUUGCACAUUUUAUAAAGUUACAUUCCUGCUGUUGGAGGAGAGAGAGGCUGUUGUUACAAAAGGGUUUUUGUAACAUAGAUUAUGUAUUAUAUCGCUGAUAAAUAUAUAUGUAUAUUGUUGAAUAUAACGUAAAGGUUACUGAGAAGUCCCCCGUCAAAAUGUGUGUGUAAGAGAAGCUCAGCUGUUGCAUUCAGGAUCCGUGUGAUGCUUCACAUCGUUGUUGAUGUCGGAUGAGAGAAAACUUGUUUUUUUUAACAUCCAAUUUCCCCUGUUAAGAUAUUUUACGUGGAAGUUUAACAGAAAGUUGUGACAGACGACUGUCAUAUAUUAAACUAAGUCCUUUAACUGGAA